CGUAAAACAAGUAGAAACAGUGUAUAAAAGAGAUAAACUAAAAAAAAAGCUACAGCGGAAUAAAAGAGCGGGAAUUAGAGAAAAUUGCAGAUAAAAAGGAUAAAAACAGAAGAGAAAUUAACUAAAAUUUUAUUGUUUAUUAUUUUAAAUUGCUUGCAAAUUGUUUAUACAUUAUUAACAAAAGUGCCAAUUAACUAAACACAAAACAACAAAUGCCAAUUUUAUAAAGUUUUAAAGUAAAAACAACAAACAUUUUUGUAAAAAUAUCCUCUAAUACAUAAAUAAAAUGUAUUUAAUAAAUUCUCCGCAGAAAACUUUAAUAAUUUUAAAUAAAAUGUUAAAUUUUUAACUAAAUGCAGUGUUUUAAGCAACCGCAAUUUAUAACAGAUCCUCAGGAUUCUACUUUAAAUUUAACACAAAAUUAUAUGCUUUUUGAAAACUCCAACAUUCCAAAUUGUGGCGUUACAACAACAGCAACAACUGCCUAUCAUUUACAGCCAACUCAACAUUCUCCGGCCCACAACAAUAGCAGCAGUAGCAGCACUAGCAACAAUAACUGUGAUAAUUAUAAUCCUUUAACUUCACCUAAUCACAACAACAACAACAGUAUCAACUCUUCAUCACCUGCCACCUCAUCUUCCUUUACCCACACCAGCCAACUCGCCCCUAUGCCUCAUUUUGGUUUAGGUUCUGGUCCUGGUAUGGCCAAUAAUGCUUAUGCUCAAACCCCACCCAGUCCGCCUCUACAUCAUAAUGUUGGUGGCGGUGGUGGCAAUGGUGGUUUAAUGCCUCCCAGUCCGCCCAAUCAUCUACAGCAGGCUCACCAACAACAUCAACAGCAGCAGCAGCAACAUCAACAACAACAGCAACAUCAUCCUCAUUUGGCCCUGUUGCCACGCGGUCUUACUGGCGGCAAUCCUGGUGGCGGCGGUGGUGGUGGUUCCAUAAUGUCCACCGGUCUAAAUACCUCCGUCAGUUCUCUCUCCUCCGCCACCUCAUUUCGUUCACAUAUUGAGGAGAAAAAAUUAACCCGCGAUGCUAUGGAACGUUAUAUGCGGGAACGUAACGAUAUGGUUAUUGUUAUAUUGCAUGCAAAGGUCGCCCAAAAAUCCUACGGUAAUGAGAAACGUUUCUUCUGCCCUCCUCCGUGCAUUUAUCUCUUUGGCAGUGGUUGGGCGUCGUCGUUAUGAAGAAAUGCUGCAGAAGGUGAAGGCGAACAGGGUGCCCAACUAUGUGCCUUUAUAGGCAUUGGAAGUGCUGAUCAGGACAUGCAACAGCUCGAUCUAAAUGGCAAACAAUAUUGUGCAGCCAAAACACUCUUCAUAUCCGAUUCCGAUAAACGUAAACAUUUCAUGCUGUCCGUUAAAAUGUUCUAUGGCAAUGGUCAUGAUAUUGGGGUAUUCAAUUCCAAACGCAUUAAAGUCAUCUCGAAACCCUCAAAAAAGAAACAGUCGCUUAAAAAUGCCGAUCUCUGUAUAGCCAGUGGCACAAAUGUUGCACUCUUCAAUCGUUUACGUUCACAAACUGUCUCUACCCGUUACCUGCACGUUGAGAAUGGUCAUUUCCAUGCCUCCUCGACGCAGUGGGGAGCCUUUACCAUACACCUGCUCGAUGAUAAUGAAUCAGAAUCGGAAGAGUUUCAAGUACGUGAUGGUUAUAUACAUUAUGGGGCCACGGUGAAACUGGUGUGUUCGGUUUCGGGUAUGGCUUUACCACGUUUGAUUAUACGCAAAGUAGACAAACAAAUGGCUUUGUUAGAGGCUGAUGAUCCUGUUUCACAACUGCAUAAGUGUGCGUUCUAUAUGAAGGACACUGAUCGCAUGUAUUUGUGUUUGUCACAAGAGAAAAUCAUACAGUUUCAAGCAACGCCGUGUCCGAAGGAACCAAAUAAGGAGAUGAUUAAUGAUGGAGCCUGUUGGACGAUUAUAUCAACGGAUAAGGCGGAAUAUCAGUUUUAUGAAGGCAUGGGACCAGUAUCUUCCCCCGUUACACCCGUACCCAUAGUUAAUUCUUUGAAUCUCAAUGGCGGUGGCGAUGUUGCCAUGUUAGAAUUAAGUGGCGAUAAUUUUACACCCCAUUUACAGGUGUGGUUCGGUGAUGUGGAAGCCGAAACCAUGUAUCGUUGCACCGAAACGCUGCUGUGUGUUGUACCCGAGAUAUCACAAUUUAGAGGUGAAUGGUUGUGGGUCCGUCAACCCACACAAGUGCCUAUAUCGCUAGUACGCAACGAUGGCAUUAUCUAUGCCACCGGCCUAACAUUUACCUAUACACCCGAACCGGGACCUAGACCACACUGUACUCAAGCUGAAGAUGUAAUGCGAACAAGACUUAAUAACAAUAAUCUAACGAGUAUGAGUAACAACAAUAACAAUAAUGUGGGAUCACCCAGUGAUGGUUCGCAAGGCGGACUCAAUGCUAAUCAUAUGCAUCAACAGCAACAGCAGCAGCAGCAGCAGCAACAACAAACUUUACCCUCAAUGUCAGAAGUGCAAUGGAAUACUCAUGCGGGUGGAUUAUCCUGAGUGCUGCCUACAAUUUUUGUUUGGUAUUUAAAAUUAAGUUUGUAACCUUUACAGCAACAACAAAUGAUGAUAACAAAAGAGAAAAACAAAUCAAAGUAAAAUUUUUUUAUAUUUAUAUUUAUUAUUAUAAUUUUUUUUAAAUGAAUAUGAUUUCCUUUUAAUUAGCCAGAUUUGGGAUUUUUUUAACUUUAAAGAAAAUUUAUAAAAAAGAUCUUGUCAUUUCCAUUAAAUUUUAAAGUAAAAAUAUAUACAUAUAUUUUUUUAGUAUUAUUUUAAAGCAAAAACGUAUACUUUUUUUAAAUUCUAUUAACUUGUAAAUAACAUUUCAAAUGUUUAUUAUUUUGCUUUUUUUAACUCUCUACUCACAUUUCGUAACACUCUUUAUAUACAAAAAUCUUGCUAUUUUAUUUUAUAUUUA